UGGUGAUACCAACUAAAAGGAUGAAAUCAAGUGGUCAAACUGAAACUAAAAAAGAUCCAGUUCUUGAUGUGACUCAUGAGGAUCUUGAAGCCUCUAGCGAUGAUUACACUGAUGAUGAUCCCGAAACAUCUAGUGAUAAUUACACAGAAGAUGAGUCUAAUACUUCAUCCAUUCGAAAAGAACCAUCACCAGAGAUUGAUUAUGAUGGACCUCGAACUCCUCCUCAUCAAAUUGUCAGUAACAAAUACAACCAAGAAAUAUCAAUUUAUGAAAAUAUAUUAAGAAUGUCUGCUAAAAGUUUGGCGAAAUUAGAUGAAUCUAAACACUUUGAGGAAUUUAUUCCACAUUUUAUGAAAUUUAAAAAAUUAGAAAAAAACAAUCCAUUUUCGUGCGCAAAUGAUAAUGUAAUGGAUAUUCGAGGAGAUAGCGGGUUUUCGAAAUUCCUGUCAGUUGAUGAUUAUAUAAAAUUACGAUCAAAAAAACCAAAGAGGAAAGUUGAAUUACCAGAAGAUUGGCGUAAUGUUGUUGAAGAAUAUUUUAAGGAGACAACUGAAAAUGGAUCAAAAAAAAAUAUAUCUGAUUGGAUUAGUAUUACAGAAGAGCUGGGAGUCGUAAAAAAGGAAGAUAAUAAAGAACUAAUAAGAAUAAAGAAAUAUUUGAACCGAGUUAUGCUACCAUUGCUCGAAUCAUUCUCAAAACUAAUCCCAGAUAUCAGUGCCCCGAAUACCAGUGAGCAUCAUUAUUGGGCAGAAUUUGGUCAUCGUUUCUUCUCAAGAGCAUUACAAGAAUUUGUGGGUCUUGAUUGGAGGGCUAUGGAAGUCCCUGUCCUUGCUUCUAAAUACAGAAGAAAUUAUGCACAUAAUCAUGCUAUAGAUACAGUGGUUGAUGGAAAAUAUGCAGACUUGUUGGCGUGGAUGUGGGAGACAGGUGAAGAAAUCUUUGUUGGAGAACAAGCUGGAUCUCCUGUUAAACCCGACCUCACAAAAUCAGCAACAGAUUUUUUCAAAUUAUAUAGAGAAAUGAGAGAUUGUUUAAAUGCUAGAAUUUUACAUGCCAUGGGAAAAGGAGACAUAAAUUAUAAUGAUCGUGCUAUUUUUGGAAUAUUUGGUUACCUUUUAGAGAUCAAAAUGGUUAUUAUGUGGAAAGAUGGCGUAUACAUAUAUGAUGAAUAUGGAAGUUUAAAUAUUCCUUCUAAUAUGAAUCAGAUUUUUAUGAUGAAAAAUGAUAUAUUGCAGUUACUAGAAUUUAUG